AUGAAUUGGAUUAACAAGUACGACGUGACUGUACCAUGCUACCAAGUCACUGGCUGCAAGAUCUUGUUUGUGAUCAAGCUCACUAAAAACAAGAAAAGUACCUGUGCCAUGACGUCGACCACUUCAUUACAUAAUGAGGUUUGUACAGCGUUGAGGUCGUAUUCACAAUUCCGACACCUCUGGAAAACGCUUCGUGAACGUCUGAAUGAACCUCUCAAAACUACACGACAUCGUCAUCAACUGCUAGUCAACUUGUCACACAAAUGUCGUUGUGCUGAAGACCAUUGCGAGUUUGAUGCACUGCAUUCGAUGUUGCUGUCAUUCCCGUUCCCGGCGCGUCAGUCGCUCCGAUCCAAACUGACAGGUUUCGACCAUAUCGUCAUCAACGCACGUCGCAAUGCCCUUGCAUCCUUCAUUGCGCUUUUACAACAAUUCUUUAGCACUUUUGCUAGUGUGACACUGCAUCAGAAACUACAGGAAGGCAACUGUACAGUGCUCAAGACAUAUGUGAACUUCUUAGGCGCUGCUGAGCACUUUUCAACCGACGAGUCGGCUGAGCUGCAUCGUCCUUUAGCUUUGAGUGGAUGGAGACAACAAUGUGCUGAGCAGAUCCUGGGACAAGAUGAGGAAGAAGAUGGCACAGAACUCAUGGAUGACACUGUGCAUGAGCUGAGCGAAAUGCGUCUUGCCUCUACAUGCACAAUUGAGCCUCGGAAUGCCAACGAUUCAUUCUCUAUUCGAUUUGGAUGGGACAAGGAAGAACCUAAGCGCUUGCCACUUCCGUCUUUGCAGGUUAAAACUGUGCGUGUUCACACCAUGCACUCGUUCAUGGAGGAGUUCUGUGAGCAUGUACUGAGCCAGUUUGCAUGUGAGAUUGACGAACUUCACUCACCCGAGCUCACUCAGACUCGUCGCUGGGAAAUUUGUCUGUACAUGGCGUGCCGUAUUGGCCACUUGUACGCUGUGCAGCUCAUUUUGUUUAGCUACGCUGACGCAAAUACAGCCCUGGCAGACGGUUCGUCGUGCCUGCAUAUAGCAGCCCGGAUGGGACGGAUUGAAAUUGUAGCGCUCUUGAUUGAAGAAGGCGCGGAAGUGAACAAACCAAAUAAUGCCGGAGUCACGCCACUUAUUGCAGCGUGUCGCAACGGGUGUGUAGACGUCGUCAAGUUGUUGCUUGAUGCUGGUGCUGAAGUAUCAGUCUGCAGCAAACGUGGCACGUAUCCUCUGCACGCUGCGAUUGUCUCGCAAAACAUUGAGAUUGUCUCCAUUCUCGUCGAGAAAGGUGCGAACGUGAACGUCACAACUGCUAGUGGCAUUACACCACUACACUUUGCAGCUAAAUUGGGUUCCUUGGCCAUUUCUGAGUACUUAUUACACCACGAUGCUGACCCUAAGAAGCGCACAAAGAAUGACAGUGAUGCAAUGAUGAUUGCCGAAGCCAAUGGUCAUUUUACAAUCUGUGAGCUCUUUCAUUGUUUCUCAGGCCUGAUUUCAAGUGAACAAGUCAAGUCGGAACACAAACUGAAUCAUAUCAACGAGAGUGACAAGUCAGUAGCGAGGAUGCAAUUACGUUACUUAUCAUGA